CCCUGCUCAUAGUUCUCAGCUAGAUGGGACCAAAGCUUCGCUGGCCCCAGACUCACACACACACACAGCCUCUGGGGGAGAGAGAGCAGGGAAGAGGAGGCAGGAAGAGAAAGCAGCACACAGAGCAGAGGGCUGCUGCUAGUGCACACACUGGCUUAGAGACAUACAAGAAAGCCAGAGUGUGUGUCUUAUUUUUUUCUUACUAGUUUUCUUCCAGAGCUGUUGAUGAGGCAGGUUGGGUCAGCUUCAUCUCAUCUCAGUCUGGCGUGCAGAGGUGGCCAGGGGGGUCGAAGUGUGUACCGCUUCUCGAGUGUGUGUGACUUUAUUUUGCAACUCUUGAACACUGGAACUGUACUGUAAGCAUUAUGACUCUUCUGGGCUCUGAACACUCCAUACUGAUACGAAGCAAGUUUAGAUCAGUCCUACAGUUAAGACUUCAGCAGAGGAGGACACGAGAGCAGCUGGCAGACCAAGGCAUCAUGCCUCACCCGGCCUCAGACUGCUCCUCUCUGGAGGCCCAGAUGAGGCUAAGGCGAGCCCGGCUCGCCGAGGACCUGAACGAGAAGCUGGCUCUCAGGCCGGGGCCCCUGGAGCUGGUCCAAAAGAAUAUCAUUCCCCUAGACUCUGCCAUCACAAUGACAGUAAACCAUGGUAAGUUCCCUAAGCAGGAGGACUCUUAUGCGUUUGAGGAGGACAGCAGCAGUGAAAGUCUGUCUCCAGAGCAGCAUCACAGUGAUGAGUCGCAGGGCUCGGCCUGCCCUUCAUCUGAGGCUGUGGGCAGCACGCCCUCCUCCUCCUCCUCACCUGCCCUCACCAGCCCACGACAGGGAGGUGCAACCCGAGACCCACCUGAUCAAAGCCAGGAUGAAGGACUGUCUGGAGCCAACAACAGCCAGGCUACUCCCCCAAUACCCGUUCCUGCUAUUGUCAAGUCCAAGACAUCAGACAAGAACCGACACAAGAAGCCCAAAGAUGUGAAGCCAAAGGUGAAGAAGCUCAAGUACCACCAGUACAUUCCUCCAGACCAGAAGGCAGAGAAGUCCCCUCCGCCCAUGGACUCGGCCUACGCCCGACUCCUCCAGCAGCAGCAGCUCUUCCUGCAGCUGCAGAUCCUCAGCCAGCAGAAACACGCUCACACACAUCCGCAGUCGCAGCAGUCGCACCAGCACACACACACUCCACAGACACAGGCCCAGGCCCAGGUUCAGCAGCGGCAGCCCGCUUUCAGCUACCAGCCCCACCCACAGAGCCAAAGCCAGAAAGGAGCCAGUGAGCAGCUAUCAGCCUGUAGCUCCAGUGGUCCACCCAGCCAAGCCAACAGUAACUCCUCCUCUCCGGUCAAGACCACAUAUCCCAACCAAAGCAACAUCUCACCAGUCAAACCUGGGCCCCUGCCAGCUAAUCUGGAUGACCUAAAAGUGUCAGAGCUCAGGCAGCACCUGCGUAUUCGCGGCAUGCCCGUCUCCGGCACCAAGACGGCCCUCAUCGAGCGCCUUCGACCCUUCAAGGACUCUAAUGCCGGCUCCUCGCCCUCCGGCUCCUCUGACAUCACCACUGUGACUUUCCCGGUCACACCCACAGGGUCCCUGUCCUCCUACCAGUCCCCAUCCUCCUCCAGCGCCCUGUCCCAGGGAGGUUACUACCCUUACCCCAGCACCUCCUCCAGCCCUCCCAUCUCUCCGGCCUCCUCGGAGCUGUCCCUAAGCGGCUCGCUCCCCGACAGCUUCAGCGACGUGCCCAUGUCCUCACCCACGCAGUUUGCCCUGCAGCCUUCUCCGGCCCAGCUCAGCAUGGAGGACGGCCUGGGGGGAGGCAGCCUGGGCAUCCUGUUAACAGCCAUGCCGCAGAAAAAUGGCGGCCAGGCAGUGAACUGUUCCUAUCCUUCUGACCAAAGAGGCCUUCAGGGUGUCUUUCCCAACUCAGCUGAUUGUGGCCAUGGCGGCUCAGCCAAGGCUGAAAACCCGAAUAUCCAACCAAAGAUGUCAGUAGCGCCCUCUCCUCGGCAUGUUGGCCAAAAGUGCCAGGUCUCUCCCCCUGCCUUCAGUAGCUCAGAUUCAGAUGCAUCUGACUUAAGACAGCCCCCAUGCUAUGAGGAUGCAGUCAAACAGCAACUGACCAGAAGUCAGCAGAUGGACGAACUUUUGGAUGUGCUCAUAGAGAGUGGAGAGAUGCCAGCUAACGCCAGAGAAGAGAGGGAGAGGUCCUCUGUAACCAAAGUUGUGCCUCACAUUACUGUGUCCCCAGGGUGUCCCGGCCUCCUCAUCCCGAGGUUCCACAGACACUACGAACACCUGUCCCCCACCCAGCUUCCUUACGACCACUCGGCCAAUCACAUCACUGAGAGCCACCUGGAGACUCUGCUGGGAAGUCCAAUUGGCCGGGGAGGGGAGGUGGCCCUUCUUAAAAUGGCUGCUGAGGACGGGGGGCAGGAAGAUGAAGGGAACAGGGACGGCGAAGGGUACGGCAGCCCCCACAACCACCACCGCCACCCUCAUCGUCCCCAACAGGACAAACUUCUGACCAACAGGGAUCUGAUGGACACCCCUCUGUCACCCAUCAGCACCAAAGUGUCCGCCGUCCCCGAGGUGCAGGGGAUGGUCAGCAUGACUUUCAGCGAGACGCCGUGGGAGACGAUGGAGUGGCUGGACCUGACGCCACCCAGCUUGGCUACGGCCUUCAGCGUUGCUCCGCCCAGUGGGCCCAGCAUCUUUAACACAGAGUUCCUGGAUGUCACAGACAUUAACUUGAACUCGGCCAUGGACCUCCACCUGGAGCACUGGUGAAAGCAGCACCGGCACCAAAGUCGGCCGUCAAACACGACACCAGCUUCCAAGUAGCUGUACGGACCGCUGAUCAGCUUCGACCAUACCAAAGAACUGUUCUACCUGAACUUCAGUCCAAGUGCCAGAACUUGUUUCUUGUUCUAAUAAUACAGAGGGAAGUAGACCAUUAGCCUACAUCCAAAGAUCGAUGACAAAGUCAACUACAGAAUUAUAUUUUGACUUAUUUUCUCCACUUGAGGUUCUCUUGUUGUCAAAAUACCUAAAAUCCAAAGACUAUGUGCUGUUUGACAUGAUCUUUGUCCAUUUUGGACAAUGAUGCGCACAACUGCCAAAUAAGUAUGACAGUGGACACAUGAAGGAUUUUCUAGAAAAUGGAAAUAAAAGAUUACAGUGCUUUAUGCCAACACUUUAUGCAAUAUCAGUGUUACACCACUUAGACUUGAAGACACAUUUUGACAAUCAUUGUAUAUUUUCUGAGUUUAUGUUUUUAUUACUGGAAAAAAACGAAAGGAAUUACAAGCUGAAUUGGAUUGCUUAGUACGGCCAUUUUGUAAAUAUCUUAACUAUCUGUACUGACAGAGACAAGUUGACGUCUGCAUAUUUUGUCAGUGGUGUGGGAGACGACACAAACCACAAAUCAAGUGUAUUAUGUAAUCAGUUCAUCAAUUGAUGUAAAUAUGACAAAAAAAAUAUCUCACUGUGCACCUCUAGCUAAAUACACAUUUGUCACAGUUUGCUUGAGCUUAGAAUAUGUGUGUAGAAAUGGUUUUCAUUCCUUUGAAGGACCUUUUUUUAUACAAGUUUCUUUACACUAUUUGGCGUAUUUAUCCACAGAAUGACAUUAAUGUCUGAAAAACCUUUGGUCUUACCGGUUUUAAUCGGCAGACAAACUGUGCCUUAUUUGCAACAGCUUUUUAUUAAAAAUAUUUUAUACCAGUUUCCCCUUUAUAAUGUUUUAAUAAUUUGCUAUCCCCUGAAACCAGAUAUUAUCAUAGAAAGCAAAACCAGACAAAUGUUGAAAAUGAAAAAUACAACUUCAUCUCUAUUUUAUCUUAAGUAGUUUUUUGUUCUGACAAAUUUUCACCCUUUCUAUUCCCAGGCCAAUCACAGUUAUUUAUUGUUUUUUUUUAUAUUUAUACUUUAUCCUGUAUUUAUACUGACAUUCCUUUCUAAAAGAUUGGGGCUCUUUGAUUUAUCGGAAAACUCCAGUGCCGCCAUUAUGACCACGGACAUUUCUUAGUAAAUCUCUUAAAAAUGUGACACAAAGUGAAGGAACCACUUCGAAAAGCCAUGCUUUCUUAAACACUUUUCUAUAAAGAAUCAUAUGAAGUGGAAAUGUCCGUAAUUAGCACUUGUGAAUAGGAAAAUGUAAUAUAUUCAGAUCUUUACUGUGAAUACUGCAUAUUAACACAGCAAAGCCAGAGCCGGCCUAUACACACAGUAGAUGCACUAAUGAGAGAAUUUCUCAAAAACACCUUUAAGUUUUUAGUUUCGGUCAGCAGUCUGUUUUUCAAACGUGAAAACUUACAGUAGUUAGAUGAGAGGAUUGACACCACUGUCACAUCUAUACGCUAAAUAUAAGGCUACAGCCAGCAGUCUGUUAGCUUCAUUUACAUAAAGACUGGAAACAGAGUUUUAAUUAGCCUGAGUCAGCAGUUAUUAGCUAGUUUGUUGUCUCCUGGCUCCAGCUUCAUAUUUACCCGACACAUGUAAAGUGGAGUCGAUCUUCUCAUCGAGCUAACUCUCAGCAAGAAAGCUAAUCCCAAACUGUCAGAUUAUAGCUUUAGAAGUGUUUGCCAAUUCCUUUCUUGCAUUUACAGUUAUGUUCUCAGUAAACAUGGGUUUCACUUUGUGUUCUGGUUAGACCAAAUAUUGCUUUUUCCUGUUACUUAUGAAGUGUUGCACUUGUUAAAUGGAUUCUAUGGUUACUUGUAGGCUAUUAAUGCCCAUCUUGACUAUAUGACAAAGCUGAUAUUCUUUACUUCAUGCCUUCUGUCGAAAGAGUAUCUACUGGCCUUUUUUAUCUUGUGGGGUUUUCUCAAGAAAAGAAAAUCACAUCUGACAGAAGCUUCCAUGUUGCUUGGCCACCGACUUGCUUUGCUAUUGUAAAAAAAAAAAUUAAAAAAACAGUAUUUGCCUGCAUCCCUGUAUACUACAGAAAGACGAGCAAUAAACUUAUCACAGCAAAAUCAUUUCCGCAGUUACUUUUUUAUUCAUGUCCAAUUCACAAGAAGCACACAAUACAGGGUUUUAAUCUUUUCAAUGGGAACUUUAUUUGUAACCGUUGAUAAAGAUACAAUAUUCAUCGCCCUUAAUAUUAUUUUAUAAUCUAAUAUGAACAUUCUAGUAAAUUGCAAUUUAUACAACAUGUACCCUGGAGAUUCAUAUUCACCAGUGGUAAAUUAGCUUCCUGGAAAUGAUUCCCAUGAGAGAAGAACAGAUCUGGAGACUGCAGUGAAACGACUCCGUCUGUUGGGUCACAUGAGUCUGUGGGCUCUCUCCGGGGUUUGCACCAUUUUGCAUUACAGAUAGAAAUGGAAACAACAGAGCUGACACAAUUCUCCAUUUGAACUGUAGAGAGAAUCAUGUCUGGUCUACACUGCAUCUCCACCAACUUGGUUGUAAUGUUUUACCCCCUUCCGAAUAAGUAUUCAACAAGUCUGUCCCCAAACUCCACCACGCAUCCCAAUGAUGGUGGCCAUUUUCCAACAUGGCUGACAUCUGUAGAGGCCCAUUUCAUGGAAUUGUAAAUAAAACAUAAAAGGGGCACUCCAGCGAAUUUUACACACAAAUAUGUCACCAAUCAUCAGGAGUACUAUUCAGUCAUAAAAUGUCCUCUGUGGCUCUGGAACAGCUUUGUCAAGUCUAAGAAAACAACCUAAUGAUUUCAUAAGGGUUAUUCUUUUUGGUUUUGGAGCCUUCCCCAUAUGACUGACUAAAAGUCUGGAUAUCUUGGCCUCUGCUGCAUCCAUUUAGACUUCUUUGUUUUUAAUCAGUCUCUUGCAAGACUCCCAAUGUUAUGAAAGUAUAAUACUAAAAUCGCUGGAGUGACCCUUUAAGUAAGACAAUUCCUUUAAUGCAAUGAAACUAAAUGUAAUAAAGCAUACAGUGGGAAAAAAAGCCAAAUAUACAAUCAAAACUUGAAAUGUGACAAUGUCAGUCAGUGCUGAAAACAGUCUAAAGAUUUCCACAUUAAGCUAUGAGAGUUAACAAUAGUAAUACUCUGACACAUAAAAUACCAUCCUUGAAUCAUGUGACAGUCAACAGUUGACUUAGAUUAUUGCAUACUCUUGGCUUAUUAUCGUAUACGCUAUGUUACAUUCAGUUACUUUACAUUAUUAGUAUUUGCUAGGUUAAAGGAUAAGACGGGCACUAUUCAACACAAUAUUAAUGAGAUUUGUUGA